UCCGGUAACGAUGUCUACCUUUUGGAGUGCUCAUCGAAUAAACUUCGAGAUGAAUGGAUGCAAGUAUUGCAAGCAGCUCGUCUUCGUAGUGUUCGAGCUGUGAACAGUGAUGACAUUGCACAUGAUAUUAUUUCAAUGUCUUCGGAGCCAUCCCUACCGCCUGUUCCUUCCCCAACUGAGUCUGCUCAAAAUCUUAUUGAGGAUCUACUAGGUCCUAUCAGCGAUAGUGCAUCAGCAUCCACUGACGACGACGGAGUCAGAUUGGACAGCCUGUUAAAUGGACUGGAUAUUGAUGGAGUGGCUGCUGUGGUGGUGGAGUUAAUCGCUGUGAGGUUUUUAGGUUAUCCUAAUUCCAAUAUGAGUCGCUAA